UUUCAAAAUGCUGCAACUUUUGCUGCGUGCGGUGCAGACCGUCUGCGGUGCCUGUGGCCAGAAAGGCAGCAGCGCCAUCACGAGCACGGACGGUUCGACAUCCUCGGCAGUUUCGCAGAACACCAUAUCGGGUACAGCCGCGCCGAUACAGAAGGAUGAGGAGAGGAAAGAACAAUCACCUGCUGCUGGACGACCUAUUCCACCUUCCGCGGAGGCUGCGCCCGAGUUCGUGGCCCCUGGUAGCGUUGGUGCCGAGCAAGGUUCAGGGCAAGAAGAAGCUCGUGUUGCUACUCCACCGGCGCCCACUGCUGCUGCUACAGCGACAGAACCACCCUCCGCCUUCCAACUCCACGACCGGGUGAAGAUCAAAGACCUCGCGAAAAAACCGGAAUACAACGGAGAAGUCGGAAAAGUCAUCAAGAUCGUGG